UUUAAAGCCAACAAAUCUUUAUUCUACACAAGUUUAUUGUAUCGCGCACUUUUGACAGGUAUAGCUGGGAGUUGGAUUAUUGCAACUAGCUUCAUAUAGUUAAGACUUUAUACGGAAGCUUCGCUAAAUUCCAUAAACGGAGCAUGUCCACCGGAGACGGGACCGAUAGAAAAGUGACGUUUAAAGGCAUUGACUUUGAAAGCCCGGAUGUACGUCAAUUCCUGGACAACGUUCAUAAGUUGAUAGUUGACGAUGUUUUGGUGAGAAGCACUAGCAGGGAAAACAAGGUGGUCAACUUCCGGGAUCCGGUGGAACUCCAGGAACUAUUAGAUCUUACAAUAUCGCCGGAUGGUGCUGAACAUGACACACUUGUCGAAGCCUGCAAGAACGUCAUUGAGUAUUCCGCAAAAACGGGCCACCCGCGGUUUUUCAACCAACUGUACAGUGGUCUGAACGCGUACGGCCUGGCCGGAUCGUGGCUCGCAGACUCACUCAAUACAAACAUCCACACGUUCGAGGCAUCGCCUGUCUUCGUCAUUAUGGAGCUGUCCCUGCUGCAGAAGAUAUGCGGGAUACUUGGCUAUGAGAAUGGGGACGGGGUAUUCUGUCCUGGUGGCUCCUUCUCCAACAUUAUGGCGAUGCACUUGGCGCGCUACAAGGUGGCACCGGAAGUGAAGACUGCGGGAAUGUACGGCAUGAAGAAGAUGAGAUUUUAUACUUCUGAUGAGGCCCAUUACUCGCUGGUGAAGGGAGCCAUGUUUCUCGGUAUGGGCUUGGACAGCGUUGUCAGGGUAGCUACUGACGAGCUCGGGAAAAUGAAACCGGAAGUGCUUGAGGCGAGAAUCCAAGAGGAUUUAAAGAUGGGUCACCUACCAGCCAUGGUGAUGGCGACUGCGGGUACCACGGUGCUGGGAGCCUACGACCUGCUAGAGGCGCUGGCUGACGUGUGCGACAGAUACGGCGUCUGGCUGCAUUGCGAUGCGUGCUGGGGAGGUGGCGCCCUUCUGUCGGACAAACACAGACAUCUCAUGGCGGCCGUUCACAGGACGCAUUCACUCGCCUGGAAUUUUCACAAGAUGUCAGGAGCGCCCAUACAGAGUUCUGCCUUUCUUGUGAACGAAAAAGGUCUGAUGGAGGAAUGCAAUCAAUUUAAAGCGGAGUACUUGUUUCAACCCGAUAAAUGUUACGACACAUCUUACGAUAUCGGAGACAAAACGGUCCAGUGCGGACGGAAGGUGGACUCGCUCAAGCUAUGGUUGCUAUGGAAAGCAGUCGGUGACGCCGGCAUGGCAGCCGUGGUGGACAACUGCUUUCAGAACGCGCAGUAUCUAGCCGAGAAGAUGAAACAGACAGACGGGUUCCGCCUGGUUAUUCCAGAAUUCGAGUGUGCUAAUGUCUGUUUCUGGUACAUACCGGAGUCCUUGCGAGGCCAAGAGGAAACCCCGGAUUGGUGGCAGAAAAUAUCCAAGGUCGGCCCCGCAAUUAAGGAACGCAUGGUGCGCGAGGGAAGCAUGAUGAUGGGUUACACACCACUGACAUGCAAAGGGCACGUCAACUUCUUCCGUAUUAUUCUGGCUAAUGCAAAGAGCGACCGGACGGACAUGGACUUUGUUGUCUCUGAAAUCGAACGGCUUGGAAAAGAUCUCUGAAGCUUUUAUGUAAAGCGCAUCAGAAUAGUCGUUUCAAAGUGAUUCUUGCUUGUAAAGCUUGCCGAUAUUACUCUGAUACGUAUGCACUCUAUCCGCGUAAAUAGCAUGCUUAAAGUGUCUUCUAUAGUUUUCAUAGGUUUAGUUUGUGUACGUUGUGACCGAGUUUCAUGACACGAUAUAAUUAUAAAGUGGCAUUUUCUUUUAUAUAUGUAACUCGAUUCCAGCACGGAAACUAAUACUGUAAUACUAAUACUUAUAAAUUCAUCAUUAUGGUACUAUCAUCAUUGCACAAAGAUCCGUGUUGAUAUUUUGGAACUAUACUAUAGUAAACAGGACAUGCACUUUUGUUUAUUAGAAGUUGUUUGUGCAUUAUGAAGGUAACGAACUGAUAUAUGUAAACUUGUUUAUUAUAAAGUGUAGUUUUUAGGAUC